CUCAGGCCGAGGGCUUCAGAGAGGAGACGGGUGCGCCGCCCCGAGCUCCGCGCUCAGCCCAGCCUCCACACUCAGCGCUCAGCAAUGGCCCGGGGGCGGGGCACGGCCCUCCCCGGCUCUCAGAGGUAGCAGGGAUCCUCACCCGGGAGGUGUCAGCCCAGGCCCAGCCUCCCCAGAGACAGCACCCGGAGCUUCAUCUCUCUCCUCUCUCUGCUCGGACCCUGCCACAGGUUGCUGGGGCUGUUUGGGCUUUGGGGGACCCUGGACCAGGCCCUGGCCCAGUAGGAUGCCCCCGUGUCCUCCCCAGCAGAGCAGGAACAGGGUGACACAGCUCCCCACUCCAGAGCUGGGCGAGAUGGAACUGACUUGGCAAGAGAUCAUGUCCAUCACCGAGCUGCAGGGCCUGAAUGCUCCAACUGAGCCAUCAUUCGAGCCCCCAGCCCCAGCCCCAUACCCUGGGCCCCCACCACCCUCAACUUACUGCCCCUGCUCAAUCCACCCGGAUGCUGGCUUCCCGCUUCCUCCACCACCUUAUGAGCUCCCAGCACCUACAUCUCAUGUCCAAGACCCCCCAUACUCCUAUUGCAACAUGGCCAUACCAGUCUCCAAGCCACUGACCCUCUCAGGUCUGCUCAGUGAGCCCCUCCCAGACCCCUUGGCCCUCCUGGACAUUGGGCUGCCAGCGGGGCCACCCAAGCCCCAAGAAGACCCAGAAUCUGACUCAGGAUUAUCCCUCAACUAUAGUGACGCUGAAUCUCUUGAGCUGGAGGGGACAGAGGUUGGUCGGCGACGUGGCGAGUAUGUAGAGAUGUACCCAGUGGAGUACCCCUACUCGAUCAUGCCCAACUCCUUGGCCCACCCUAACUAUGCCUUGCCACCUGCUGAGACCCCCUUAGCCUUAGAGCCUUCUUCAGGCCCUGUGCGGGCCAAGCCCACUGCAAGGGGGGAGGCGGGGAGUCGGGAUGAACGUCGGGCCCUGGCCAUGAAGAUCCCCUUCCCUACGGACAAGAUUGUCAACUUGCCGGUAGAUGACUUUAACGAGCUGUUGGCACGGUACCCGCUGACAGAGAGCCAGCUGGCACUAGUCCGGGACAUCCGAAGGCGGGGCAAGAACAAGGUGGCCGCCCAGAACUGUCGCAAGAGAAAGCUGGAGACCAUCGUGCAGCUGGAGCGGGAACUGGAGCGGCUGGGCAGUGAGCGGGAGCGGCUUCUCCGAGCCCGAGGGGAGGCCGACCGAACCCUGGAGGUUAUGCGCCAACAGCUGACGGAGCUCUACCGGGACAUUUUCCAGCACCUGCGGGAUGAAGCAGGCAACAACUACUCCCCUGAAGAGUAUGUGCUGCAACAGGCUGCCGAUGGGGCCAUCUUUCUGGUGCCCCGGGGGCCGAAGGUGGAGGCCACAGACUGAGCUGGUCCAGAGGGGUGGGACUGGUGAUGGCGAUUUCCUUCAUUCCCUUGUGAUAAAGGUACUCCCCAACCCUGAGGCCCAGGAGCUGUGUUCUCUAGACCAGAAGGGGACAGUGGGAAACCUGGCAUUGGGAAGGUCCAAAGUGUGUUCUGUGAGGCUUGCCUUGAGGGAAGUAUGUGAGGGGAGGGCUGGAAUCUCUCUUCUGUGAUUCAGCUUCCCAGGUCUCCAACGUCCACCUCUUGUUUGAGCUUUGGUAUAUAAAGCACU